UGGAAAGGACCAUGCCCACGAUAUUUAUCGUAAAAGCCGUUUUAUAAAACGGUAUUUUCCUCAGUAUUUUGAGAUGAUAAAUAUUGGAUUUUAUCAUAAAUUCUCUUUAUAGAGUUGGAUAAAUAAAGGACACAUGUGUGUGAUGAAUACAAGAUUAAAUGAACUUGGUUUUUCAUGAUAAAAUAUUUCAUGAAUGUGAUUAAGAAAUAGUUUGUGAAAUUAGUGUUUUAGUUUACUCUAGUGAACAUUUAACAUCGUUUAAUUCGUACUUUUCGUAAAAAGCAGUUAGGAGGAAAAUUCUAUAAUGUUAUAAAUUCGCUGUUAAUAUUGCCAGAGAUGUGUCAUUAUACAUUAUUCCUGUUGUUUACACUUGUGACAAAAGCUAUUGCUUUCCACGUGGAAAACAGAGUGAUAUGUCAGUAUCCAUGUCAGUGUCCUGUACAUGAACUUAAGUGUGACGUCGGUGUGUCAAUAGUGAAAAAUGGUUGUGGUUGUUGCUACAUGUGCGCGAGACAACAUGGCGAUCUCUGCAAUGUUAAGGACGUUUGUGAUGUAAAACAGGACCUUUUCUGUGAUAUGUCUGCUGGGAACGUACCUGGAGUUGGAAUUUGCAAAGCUAAUGUAUCCAAACCUUGUAUUGUGGAUGGUAUGCGAUAUGAAGACGGCGAGAAGUUCAAACCAGAAUGUUCCAGACUGUGCACGUGCCAGAAUGGAAACUAUGGUUGCGUCGAUUUGUGCCCAGAUGAACACAGAAUUCCCUCCAAGACACAUUGCAAACGACCAAGGCUAUUGACCGUAAGCGGUCAGUGCUGCAAGCAGUGGACAUGUGACAUUCAAGAGGAACCGAUGCGUGAAAGGUCAGGCAAAGGAAUUAGUACAAGACAUAUCAGCAAUGAUAACAGACAACCAUUGGAAGUAGGGGCAUAUACAAUGAUGGAGAACGACUAUUCGAAAUAUUACCAGUAUACACAACCGUCUUGUAAUGUAAAUACAAGCAAUUGGAGUCCAUGUUCUAAACAGUGUGAUGUGGGUGUGUCAAAAAGGACUGUGACGGAUACAAAAUGUAAGGAGACGGUGGAGACUCGACUAUGCUACCUUAGACAGUGUAAUGCAAUCAUUCCAAAAAAGAGGAACUUAAAAUGUACGCCGACGUCAAGAAUGCCCGGAAAGCAGCGUCUGAAAUAUGAAGAUUGUGUCAGUGUAAAAGCAUGGAACCUAAAAUUCUGUACAAAUUGUAAACGACGCCGAUGUUGCUACCCUAGACGAGAGAAAACGCGACAACUUGAAUUUCAGUGUAAUGACGGCCGAAGAGAGACAUUUUCCGUUAUGUGGAUAAAAAGCUGUCGAUGUGAUAAGAGAUGUUAUAAAAAAGACCCACACAGACCUCGAAGACGUAAGGUUCCUAAAUGGAUCAAGUAAAACAAAAAAAAGCAACAUGUAUAUACAAAGGGCACCCUUUGUUGAAAUAUUCCAUAUAAUUAUUUAUUUAUCAUAACCUCAGAAAUGUUUUCACAAACGAAAUGAACAGUGAUGUGCACUGUUUUUGUUAUAUGAAAGGAAGGUGUAUUAGUUAACAUUUUGUGUGUAUGGAACACAGUCGUGGCAAUAAAAUACGUUUUUCACAUUCUAAAAUAGAUAUGAUACGUGUAGUUUGCUUACACUUUCGAUGCCCUUAUAUCCAAAUAUCUCCAAUACACAAGCUUUGUAAAAUGUGAAUUUCACUAGAAACUGUUGAAAUAAACCUUUUCUUUAUGACGAAAAGACACAAAUGUCGAUAACACAAAAGAAAACGUCUCCUCAUAAAAUGCACCAUUAACAAGCACAUACAGUUUGUUUACAUAUACAUAAAUAAUGUAUUCUGCAAUUAAUCAGCUCAAAAUUAUGAAGAUUGUGUCAGUGUUCUUUAUAUGUAAUGAAAUGAAAACAAGAAACGCCAUGUUUCAAGAACGAAGAUUCCUCAAACUGUUAACCAGUUAUCCACAGCAUCGCACUUAAGAACGCGCAUAGGAUCAACACACACUAUGACAGAAAUGGCAUACACAAAGACAACGUGGACAAACGAAAUAUCAAAGAAACACAGUGUGGCACUUACGCUGCAGAGUACACAGACAUGGUAAAACACUUAUCGCAAACACAGACAUGGCAACACACACUGACACAGAUAUGGCGAAAUAUACAGACAACGUGCACAAACGGAAUAUCAAUGGAACACAGUGCGGCACUUACGUCGAAAUGUACGUGAUUUAACCUUUAACUAAAGGCUGAAUUUUAAGGCAAUAUUGUUAUACAUUUUAUUGGUAAUAAUGCUUUUGGAACUGGAGAAAAAAACCCCAGCUAUUUUGUUAUUUUACAGCCCAAUGUCUAAGAUGUACAGAUUCAUCUCAAAAGUUAGCUACAUAGCUAUUUGUCAUACACUAUGUCGACUAAAUCAGGCUCAUUUUUUGUUUGUUUAACAUCGCACCGACACAAGUAUAAGUCGAUUAGAUACGUGAAAAUGAUGAAUCCUUUAAAGAUGACCAACAUUCAAAACAAUUUAUUGAUCCUCAACUCAAACCGAGAAAUAUAAAAAGUUAAACGACAUGAAUCAUAAUGUAACUCGAUUUGCUGGCGACUGAUGUAGUCCUUAUAUUAUAUAAUAAAUUGCAUUGAUCAAUGGAUAGAUCAAAUUAGAUAGAAAAAAAAAACUACUGUUGAUCUUAAAGAAAAAUAAUCCAUGUUUUCAUAAAUAAUUAAAUGUUGAUUAGAAAAUGAGUUUCGCGCUUAAAAUGUAUUUCCACUUUAUGACAUCUACUAUAUAUGCCGGACUAUUUCAUAAGGGAUGUUCAGAAGCUAUACGGUAUAAUUGACGUAACAAAAAAUUAAAUUAGAUAUUUCUCGACAAUUAUCGUUUUAUGAUCAUGAUGAUAUAUAUUGCUAAAAUCGAUGUACUUGGCUUGGAUCAGGUCUGCAUCAGUCACAUGCAAAAAGAGUUAUUUUAUGCUUCCUGUUGUAAACUUUAAUUUGUCUGAAACAGAAAUUUAGGGUCGGUACAUCGCCACUUAUACAAGAAGUACCACCUAAUUCCAUAGAAUACAAUGGCUAAAGCAAACCACUAUGUAGUUAAAUUUUGAGGGAGACCUGAAAAUAAAUCUGUAGCAACAGUCUGGUUUUACACCAGAAAAGUUGAUUUGGCAGUGUUGGUUUGAAAAAGCAUCAAGUAGUUUAAAGUGUAUUCUAUUUUAAUGUUUUACUUAGAAUAAAGAAAAUACAUAUUCGUUUUAUGUUUGUGAAGAAACUGUAACUUACUGUAUUUUUUUUUAUUUUAACAAAGAAUUUCACUGGAAAUAUAACGGGAACAAGCUUCUGUAACUUUUUUUCUGAUUUUUGUCCAUUGCAAGUAGUGGAUAUGUGAAAUUGCAGCGUAUUCCGAUUUCGUGUUCAGUCUAUACCUUAAACUUUGUCAUCGAAAGAUGGAUUUCAUAGAGUACUGGCACAAUACUUAAGUAUGACAUGAGAAUGUGUCUAGUGCAAAUACCUAAAAUAACAAAACAACGAUGAAAAUAACAUGUGCAAGAACCAUUACUCCUUUUUGUGUUAUGUCCCUUUAUCUAAUACUCCCCUUCCAAGGGCAUAACUCUAAAACUACUUAAGGAAUAUAUGAAAAUUGUAUACAAAAAUAGAGAACAUUUCAAAAAUUCAAAUGUACAUGGAUCAUAUUCUACCAAUAUUACAUUUUGAAUUAUCUCUUUUCAUUUUCAAUGAAAGUCCAUUCUAAUUUCGGUUCGGUCUGUAACUUUGUCGUUCAUGGAUAAAUUUGACCAAACAUUUACCCAGAUAUUACAUAUCAGUUGCCAAAUGAAUCAGUAUAGUGGGUGUGCACGUUUUCAAAAGUAUUGUCUUGUUUUGCGCUGCAUUUGUGUUUUUAAUUUCAUUUAUUUAUUGUUUAUAGAGAAUUUUGUUAUGUAUAUAUAGAUUUCAACAGGACUUCGCACAAAUGAUAAUCAUGACACGAUUAUAUGUCAUUUGUAAGAACCAUAACCAUGCCCAUCUACCUUUUUAUGUUAUCUCCUUUUAUUGUAUGUCCUUUUGCA